CUCCUGUACGAAAGUGCCCGAGCGCUGCCGGACGGGUCGAACGGGCCUCGGCCGCGGAUCGAAUCAACUCCCGAAGCGCGGCGCGGUCGGGUCCCUUCGGGAGCAGAAGCGAAAAUGGCCGAAGACGCGAAUAGUGCGGAGCCGAGAGACUGCUGGGAUCGCGGCGGACUCGGCGGGCGGGGCCGGGCGGCAAGAUGGCUGCCGCACGGCGAGGGAGAGCUUCCUCCGCGGUGCUCUCGUCCGUCUCUCUGCAAGUGCUGUUCUGCCUGAGUGGGGCAUAUUACGCCCUGUAUUUCCUAGCUACACUCCUGAUGAUUACAUAUAAAAGUCAGGUUUUCAGUUAUCCUCAUCCUUACCUGGUCCUCGACCUGACUCUGCUGCUUCUGAUGGGGAUUCUGGAAGUGACUCGGUUAUAUCUUGGCACCAAGGGCAACCUGAUGGAGGCCGAGGUGCCGCUGGCCAUCAGCCUGGUCCUCACAGCAGGGGGUGCCCUGCUGUCCACCUACUUCCUGCUCUGGCAGACCCUGGUGCUGCGGGCAGACUCCAUCCUCAGUGCCACACUCCUGGCACUCCAUGGCCUGGAGGCCAUCCUACAGCUGGUGGCCAUUGCUGCCUUCGUCAGCUAGGCAGGCGGUGCCCAGCUUCCCUCCCCACGCCCCCCCCCCCGCCAGGGUGGGACAGCUCUGGACAGAAGCCACCUCCCCGGAGCUCGGCCAUGUCUGGCUGGCUCCCUCUGGGGUGCGCUGACCUGCUUGAUCACCGAGGGGGGCAGGUGAGGAUGGUGCAUGUUUUCUUGCGGUGCUGUGCAUCUCUCACAUAAUUGCUGGCAUUCCGUGCUUUCCACACUGGUCCACCUGGAGCUACAGGGUGGCGUGGGGAGCCAGGGACCCACAGCUCACGGCGGGCCAAGUCCUGGACAGCGGUCAGCUCUGCUUUGCAACAGAAAGAAAAGAAAUGUGAAGGUGCCAGCAAGCUCUGGUGUUUGGGGGGUUUUUGCAGAGGUGGCCCCUUUCCCCUUGGGGCUCCUGUGGGGAGGUGGUCUGAAGCCCCGGCACUGAGGGGAGGGAGGCAGAGAAUGGGAGAGUGACGGAGAACAGCCUGCCACUGCCCCGGGCUGGGGCUUCAGGGCUCCGACGUCCAGGCCUCCGUCAGGAAACCAUCAGGAACGUUUGCACUGUGUUAGACGCAGUCACAGAACGAAAGGGCUCCUGGAAGGACUCUGAGUUCAUCAUGUUCUCUAGUAACUUGCCUUCGUUUAUAUCGCACCCUCUCCACGUUUGGAAUAACAUGUUUGAAUAUCCAGGUAUUUUCUCCUUGCCAUGUUGUCGAAAUAAAUGUUUAUACCUCCCUCAA